AUGCACUUCCUUGCCAGCCUCCUUCUCCUCGCCCCAGCCCUUGCCUCCCCCAUCGCCCAGCGCGAGGAGACGUGCGGCCAGAAAUCAGGCAAGCUCUCCGAGUGGACGCUCACGGGUUUCGACUACCACGCCAGCUACAUCUUCAGCACGCCUUCCCACCAGAACUCGUGGGGCUACAUCAGCUUCAACGUCUCCAAUCCGGUCCUCGACUACACCGUCGCCUGCUCCGCCGCCAGCAGCCGUCUCAACGACUUCUUCUAUGGCGAGCAGGUCUAUCAGUGCACGCCGCCCGAGGGCGGGGAGAGCACGGCCACGUCCUUCACGUGGAGCACGCCUGAGAAGGCUGUUGCGUUGAACCAGUCGUGGACUUGUAAUGAUGAUCCCAAGUACCCAGCCCGCUACACCGCAAAGGGCGGCGCCGUCGCCGAUCUCCAGUGCGGGGAGACGUUUUGGCAAAACGACAACUGGACCAUUGGCCAGAUUUACUCGACGCGCAACAUCAACUGCGGCAUCAUCACGCUGCCUACCCCGAUCAAGGAGAUCUCCGCGGUCGCUUAG